AUGGCAAAUAGUUCAGGCCAGUUCGAAAAUAUCUCUAGAAAAGAUAAAAGACGGCACAACUUCGAAUCGCGUGUCAACAAGAUAGUACAAAACUUUUCGGCUGAUAAAGAUGUACAUUACCGUGAUCGUCUCACUACUCUACAGACGACUUUAACCACACUUCAUCAGGGCAACAAUGGCCAGUUUUUACGUAAAGUACGAGACUUGGAAGAAGAAAGAGACUUAGAGCUGGUACGGCUACGAUUGUUUGAGGAAUAUCGUGUCGAUCGGUCGCGCAUUGAGUUUCAGGAAGACAUAGAGAAGACAAAGGUCGAACAUGAAAAGAUCAUCAAGCUAUGCAAGGAGAAAUUGUACGAGUCUUUGGAGUCCAAGAUCAAAAAACUACAGGAAGAACGUCUGCUCAUGGACGUGGCCAAUGCACACUCAUAUUCCAUGGACUAUUCGCGCUCCAAGUUUCAAAAAACGACGCGCAGUGCUACAGCUACUGCAUGGGACUCCUCACCGAACGAAUUUGGCAAGGAAGCAUCCGCAAACGAAAGUGCCACAGAUACGGGUACUGAAAGACGGUCAUUGAGACGUCGGUUGGCCACUACCGUUACGUCACGGGCCAUGAGUGACGAGCCGGACCUGGCAUCUGCCAAGGAAUCGUCAGCUCCCCCCAACUAUGCGAGUGAAAACUCAGACUCUUUCUUCUUACAAGGCUUGAGUGAUUCGUCUGAGCUUCAUGUGCUUCUUUUUGGUGAUAAAGAGAGAGAGAAGAAGAAGACCAGAGGAACUAACAGACUCUCCACGAAAGCUGCUCCUCCAUUGAUGUCUCUGAAGCCAGAAGAAGUCACUGAAGAUAUUGCCCUGAUAAGAACGCUUUCGGGACAACCACCAGCACCAUUCAAGAAUUGA